AAUGACCGUCUCGUUGCGUACUCCGCCUCCACAUUAAAGUGGCGGGCCGUGUGCAAAUCCCACGUGUGACGCGCGGUUCCUUCCGUAGUUACAUUUUAUUCCAUAUUGUAAAACAAACACGGCGCUCAACUGACGAAGAUCAGGCCGGCAAACCAGGAGGAGCCGCAGCAGGUGGGCGCCGAGGGGCGGGUGGAGUGAGUCGAGAGCCGAGGGUGAGGAGGCCAGGGAAGUAUGAGUGCCACCACGGAGUGCUACAAGUGCCACAAGCUGGGACACUUUGCUCGCGAGUGCUUCCAGGAUGGUGGCAGUGGGGGAGGGGGACGAGGUGGCAUGGGCGGAGGGGGACCACGGGGCGGGGGCCGCGGCGCCUCCCGAGGCCGCAUGGACUACAAGCCUCCGAUUAGAGAGAAGUGCUACAAGUGCAACCGGAUAGGCCACUUUGCCAGGGACUGCAAGGAGGCCGAGGACCGGUGUUACCGCUGCAACGGCACUGGUCACAUCUCCAAGGACUGCCAGCAUGGCCCAGAUGAAAUGUCGUGCUACAACUGUGGCAAAAUGGGCCACAUUGCACGUGAGUGCAAGGAGCAGGAGAAGACGUGCUACAUCUGCCACAAGCAGGGACACAUCUCCAGGGAUUGCGAGCAGGAUGAGAGAAGGCGCGCACUAGCACAAGUGCUGUCCCACGCACCAAGGUGUCGGUUCACUCUGGCUGGGACUACUCAGCAUGCACUCGCCAGUCUGCUGUCUCGCUUACCACGGUGUCGGUUCACUCUGGCAGGCAGUGUUCCAGCGUCCCGAAUGAUGAGUUCGGGGGGCGGCAGGGUCGACUCUUUAGAAAACGGGAGCCCCCUCCAAGACGAACCACCGCCAUCACCAUAGGCCGCGACGGCGGCAGCGUUUUUCUCGUGCACAGAGCGGGAACGGAAUUUCGCACACUUCCUCGUCCUUCCCCAUCCCAUGCGUGCCUCCCCCUGCUGCUUGUCCCAGCUGCUAUGGAGAGAUGGCGGCGUGUUGUUCUCCAGCUGCUGCCUUUCCCAGAAACUGAGCUCUCCUUCGUAUCACCCUCGCUGUUGAAAAUGCUCCUUGAGAAUCUGUUCCCUACUUUCUAAUUUUUGUUUGUUCUUUUGUGCAUGGUAUUAAGGGCAAGUUUGGAAUAGUCUUUAUUCCCUGAGUUAAGGUGCUGAAAGCUGGAUGCAUGUAAUUGUGUUAUGUAACAUACACAUUUUCUGAAUGAGGCCUAUCUUUUGUUUAUAUAAUAUUUUAACUGAUUGAUUGAUUUAUUUAUUGAUUCUUUAUUGGCUUAUCACAUACAUGUGAAGGGAAAAACCAUUCAAGGAUGGCUUGAGGGAGUCCUUCGCCCCCAUGCUGGCAUACUGGAACCAGUGAGACCAAAAUAGAUAAUGUAUUUGGAAAAAAUUGUACAGAAUUAUAUAUUUGCAAGUUUUCAGCACCAUAACUCGGAAAGUAGAUAUGUAUUAAAAAUAUUUGGCCCAAGACCUUGCUCUUAAAAGGAGGCCCAGGUGUUCAAUUUAGCCAAAUGCUGCUGUAACUGCUUUUUUUAAUUUGGCAGUUUUGUUUGUUCGAAAGGGUUAAUUUUUAUUGUUGCAGACUUGUAACCUUGCACUGUUGCGGUGUGGUUUUUCUAAUUGUUUGGUUAUUGUUUCCAUUAAUUUCGAGAUGGAGUUCAAUAGUUCCUAGUGCCAAAAAGAGGUGCAGUGUGUUUUGUUCUUUCUCUCCCCUCUGUACACCCCUCUCUCUCCCUUGCUUUCAGUUUCUUUCUUUUUGCUUCUAAGAUUUAGAUAUUGUAGUUCUCUGUUAAUGCCUGCACAAAGUUAUUGGCUGCCUUUUUUUUCCUCGUCACUUGUUCGCUGUGUUGCACUGAGAAAAGACAAGCUGUGCGUUGUGGUUCGUUGGCUGUACAUAAAGAAGCUAUUUUCUUGUUUGCUCAGGUGAUAAAAUAAAGAGGGAGUGAUAAAAAAAAAAGAAAAUGAAGGGCA